ACUAGUCUCUAUUUUGAAAUGCCGUUACUCAAAAAACCUUGCACGACUCUUGUUUCCCUCCUCAUUUCCCCGCCGCCAUACAGUGACAUAAACUGAACAACUGGUACAAUUCCCAGUGAUCCACUGAUGCUAUAAUGAAAACUCAGGGACCCAAGUCACUCCUAGCUCUCAUAGAAACCUGCACAAGCCUUAAUCAACUGAAGCAAAUCCAUGCCAAAUCUAUAAUCUCAGGCCUUUCCUACAACCAUUUCAUCCUCACCCAAAUCGCCAAUUCCUUCCUGUUCCCUCAGUCUCUGAACUACGCCACACGCAUCUUGGUUCAAACCCAAGAGCCAAGCAUCUUCAUUUACAAUUCCAUGAUCAAAGCAUAUUCUCAAUCAGAAACCCCAUUUGUUGCUUUAUCAAUGUAUAACAAUAUGAGGGUACGCGAAAAUGCGGUUGGCGACCAGUUCACGUACCCUUUUGUGUUCAAAGCUUGUGCUAGUGAAUUGGCUGUGGAGAAAGGGAGGGAGGUUCAUGGUGUGGUUGUUAGAAUUGGGUUUGAUUCGGAUAGGUUUUUGUGUAGUUCUUUGCUAAACUUUUAUGGGGUUUGCGGAAAAAUUGAGAGUGCAAGGCAGGUGUUUGAUGAAUUUAAGGCGAAGGAUGUUGUUUUCUGGAAUGCCAUGAUAAUGGGUUAUGCGCGAAAUGGGAUGGCUUUGGAAGCUUGUGAGGUUUUUAGGGAGAUGGUGAAAGUGGGAGAGGUUGAGGCCAAUGAAGGCGCGAUUUUGGCAUUGAUAUCGGCUUGCACGGUAUCGAAAAACUUGAAACUUGGGAGAGAAAUUCAUGGGUAUGUGAGAAAAGAGGUAACUUUUGGGUUAAGUGUGAAACUGGGAGCUGCAAUGGUUGACUUGUAUGCAAAAUGUGGCUGUUUAGAUUAUGCAAAGAGAGUGUUUGAGGGAAUGCCUGAGAAGAAUUCUGUGGUGUGGAACUCAUUGAUAAGUGGUUAUUCCCUUAAUGGGUUUUCGAGGGAAGCAAUUGAUCUUUUCAAGGAUAUGUGUUUUUGGGAUGUUAAGCCUGAUAGGUACACAAUUUCAGGCUUGUUGUCUGCUUGUGCCCAAACCGGAGCUAUUAAUCUUGGGAAUUGGGUUCGGAAAUUUGCAGAGAAGAAUGGACUUUGGGACGAGUUCAUCGGGACCUCUUUGGUAGACCUGUAUGCAAAAUGCGGUUCUAUUGAAGCAGCUAGAGAAGUGUUUGAUCAAAUGGAUAAAAAAACUGUUGCAACAUGGAACACUAUUCUCUCUGGAUAUGCGUCAAAUGGGCAGGCUGGAUCUGCAAUAGAGCUCUUUGACGAGAUGAGAAAAUCAGGUGCUAUUCCGGAUAGCAUAACCUUUCUUUCGAUUUUACAUGCUUGUGCUCAUGCUGGUUUGGUUGAAAUAGGCAAGCAAUACUUUGAUUCGAUGGUGAAAAAUGAUAAGAUCACCCCAAAAGUUGAGCAUUAUGGUUGCAUGGUUGAUCUUCUUGGCCGUGCUGCACUUCUAAAAGAAGCAAGGGAGCUCAUUGAGAGGAUGGAUAUUGAACCAAAUGUAAUUGUGUGGGGAUCACUGUUUAAUGCUUGUAGCAUUCAUGGUGAUAUUGAGGUGGGAGAGUGGGCAGCUGACCAUAUUUUCAACUUAGAAGCAAUGGAUGGGGGUUCCUACGUGUUGUUAGCAAAUAUGUAUGCUGCAGCUGGAAGGUUUGACAGGGUUGAAGCAGUUAGACAGGCAAUGGUUGACGCAAGUUUUUGCAAGCUACCUGGAUGUAGCAUGAUUGAGAUUGGUGAUGUAGUUCAUGAGUUUCUUGUUGCUGACAAGACACACCCUAAAUCAGAAGAGAUCUACUCGGUGUUGGAUGAAUUAAGCGACAAGCUCAAGACGGCGACAGGCUCCAUGCACUUGCCUGCUUUAGCUGGAGAGCAUUUGGAAAGUAGCUGAGGGACAACCAUUUCUCGGUGAAAUUUUGUGAAAUUGGGUAAGGGACAAGGGAAGUGAGGGGAGCAGUUUGUGAAAUUGGGUAAGGGACAAGGGAAGUGAGUGUGAAAUUGGUUUGCAUAUUCCAGAUUGUGGGGCGACAGACGCAGAAUAUCACAGAAAUGAUUUGGAGAUUUAUUUGAAGAUGGCCUUCUAAUUCUUCUUCAUGGAACAUGCUGGUAUGACCGGAUAAUUUUAGUAUCAUUCACACUGUUGAAGUUUAAGCCAGCUUCUUAUGUCUUCACUCAAUUUGAAACAUCUCCCGAGUCGACCGGAGUAAUUUUAAAAAUAAAAAAAAACCUUCAGAACAUGUUACCGAUGAUUUUAUCAGUUGUUAUUUAUAUUUCUUUUCUGUAAUAAUUUUAAGCCUGUAUACUUAUUUAAAGUUGUACAACAUCUUAAUGAGCCUAAAAUUAUUGUACGUCAACUGGACCCAUGAGUUUUGCUACUCUCGGAGGUUUUGGAAAAAACUUGUGAACAAAUUUGGAAA